ACGUCAAUAAUAGGUGAAUUGCACUUUGUACUCUCACUCCAAGGGUGAAUGAAGUGAAGUACACGAUAUUUAUCGUAAAGUGAAACAUAGAGUCAUCGCUCUCUAUAGUAGUGCAGUACAUACAGCAUAAGGUUGUUUGUUAGCUUCAAGAAAGACAAUAGCUGCUGUAAAGAGUCAAGUAAGUCACAGCGAGUUUGACGUGCCUGAUGCAGAAACUGAGAUGGAACAGAUGAGCCACACAUGGAGAACAUGGAUGAAAGUCAUAAGUUUCUCCUGGUAACUACAAUGUUUUCCAUGUUUAACCUCAUCACUUAUCAUUAAUUUCAUCACUUGGGUGCAAAGUUAAGCAAAGUUCAUAAUGCUUUCAUUUCCAAUUAAAUCAAUUCACAUAUCGGUAAGCCAGUGUACAGUGUGGGCCGUCUUCUGUGGCAUCGAAUUGUCACUCUGGCCGAAGAAAUCCCUCUCACUCGAAACAAUUGACUGCUUUUCUGUGACGUCUCCCUGUUUUGUCACUUUGAAUUUUCGAAAACGACUCAAUACCAAGUUUUGUAAUUAUCAACACAGAGUCAUGGAUUUCCAACGCUAUAACCAAGCCGAGCAGGCCCAAAUUGCUCAAAUGAUUGAGCACAAGCAAAUGAAGGAUUUCCUUCGAUUGUAUAGCAACUUGGUCCAACGCUGCUUCAACGACUGCGUCAAUGAUUUCACAACCAAGGGUGUCACAUCCAAGGAGGAGGCUUGCGUUAACAAGUGCGCCGACAAGUUCUUGAAGCACUCUGAGCGAGUUGGUGCCCGCUUUGGCGAGUUGAGCCAACAGAUGACUCCACCAGGCAGCCCACAGUAAAAUGCCUACAGCAAGAGAUUCAAACCAAUAUCGGGCAUACGCCAUACAAAUAGAUUGCUCAAUC